UUCGCAAUUCACGAUAAUAGUUGCGUCUGCUCGCAGCGUACGAGAUACAGAACGUGCGAUUGACGUUUAGUCUUGCUGAACGAUUCUUUUUACCGAGUAGUUUAUGCAAACUACGCUUCGAAAUUUGUCAAAUUUUGUGAAAAAAAAAUGAAACUAGCGCUAACAUUUACGACGCUCUUGUGUUUCGUUAGUGCCUACCAGUUUCCAGGGAUUCUGCAGAAGAAUAUCGAGCAAGUAUUAAUGGAAUACAUGGGACCAUGUUUGAGCGAGACUGGAAUUCACGAGGAUUCGUUACAGGCCUUAAAUAUAUUGAUAGCUAAUCCGGUGUUCCCAACGAUCGAAGACUUAAACUCAUACAUAGCCUGCUUGUACAGAAAAAUUGGCUUGAAGUUACAUGAGGAUGGGCGAAUAACCAAAAUUACUGGUCCACACUUACCGAUACCAGAGUCGAAGGACACAGUGUACGACGACUUGAGCAUAGAUACAGACUUGGAUAACGAACUAUGAAAAACUGUACUCGUAGUAAAAGCACUGCUUUCUAAUAAAAAAUAUAUAAAUGCAAUAAAAAAAAGAAUUAAAAAAGUAUCAAAUAUAAGUAGUCAAAUGAAUAUGGAUGAGAUUAGAAGAAAACAGUAUUUCUAUGAAAAUAAGCACUGUCAAUAAACUGAUGAGCUAAAGUAAAUAAAAUUGCUGCAUUUGGAAUAAAA